GUCUGGUGGGAGAGUCAGCGGGCGCGGGCGGGGUGCUCGCGGUCUGUGCUCUUCCGAUGCCGAUGUACAAGGUGAGGCCCUUCCAGGGCGGGCCGGGCUCCGCGGUGCCGCCCGAGCACCUCCCCACUUGCAUGUACCGCCUGGGCAGCGUCCACCGGGAGCCCAAGGCCGGCCCCUCGGCCUCCUCUUCCUUGCCGCAGGCGGAGCAGGAUGAAGUUGAUCCGUCCCUUCAAGCUCUGGAAUCCCGCCAGGAAGAGAUCUUAAAGCGUUUGUAUGAAUUGAAGGCUGCUGUGGAUAGUCUCUCCAAGAUGAUCCAAACGCCAGAUGCAGAUUUUGAUGCUACAAACAUAAUCCAGGCAGAUGAACAUGUUCCUUUAACGGCCAGUUCUGCAGACCUGGAUAAUUUACUUGGAAAGGACUAUAGUGCACUGAAGGAUAUUGUGAUUAAUGCCAACCCAUCACACCCUCCACUGUCACUGUUAGUACUUCACAGCUUGCUGUGUGAGAGCUACAAGGUACUGUCAGCGGUCCAUACACACUCAUCUGUGAAGAGUGUGCCAGAGAAUCUCCUGAAAUGUUUUGGUGACCAGGCUAAGAAGCAAUCGCGUCACGAAUACCAAUUGGGCUUCACACUCAUUUGGAAAGAUGUGUCAAAACCCCAGAUGAAGUUCCGCAUUCAAACUAUGUGUCCCAUUGAAGGAGAAGGAAACAUUGCUAGGUUCUUGUUCUCCUUACUUGGUCAGAAGCACAAUGCCGUUACAGCAACUCUGAUCGAUAGCUGGGUCGAUACAGCCAUCUUCCAACUGCAGGAAGGGAGCAGUAAAGAAAAGGCAGCCGUUUUGCGAUCCAUGAAUGCAGCCCUUGGCAAGGCCUCCUGGUUGGUGGGAAACGAACUAACCUUAGCCGACAUCGUGGCCUGGUGUGCAGUUCAGACAACGGGGAGCACAAAUGCUGUUCCACCUAAUGUCCAAAACUGGCUGAAAUCUUGUGAAAAUCUGGCAGCUUUCAAUUCUGCUCUCAAGUUACUGAAGUAAACCUGUCUGGUAAAAAGGGAGACAAGUUCGAGUAUUUUCUACAUCUUAUUGUGGCUGUGACAGUGUGUGAAGUUUAAGACGGUAACUGUGAAAUGUCUUAAAGAUGCUAAUAAAUUCAUCAGAAUUGCC